UAUGAAAAAUAUUUGUAUUUAAAAUGCAAAAUUAUAUUGACUACACUAUUUUUCUAAGGUGAUGUCAGAAAUGAUCUUUAUCUGACUUUGGAUAAAGGAGAAUUUGAAAAAGGUGGAAAAUCAACAGGAAAAAAUAUAGAAGCUUCAGUAGUUUUAGUUAAUAUAGAAGGUUAUAUUUUAGAGAAAUGUAUCAGUGCAGGAUCAGGACAAGAAAUGAUUACAGAAUAUCAGUCAAUGGUACUAUAUCACAAUAAUUCUCCUCGGUGGGCUGAUGUAAUAAAGCUUGUAAUACCUAUUGAAAGAUUUGAUGGUGCUCACGUCAGAAUCGAGUAUUACCAUUGUUCAACUCGUGAUAAAGAUAAGAAGUUGUUAGGAUUCUCUUUCAUUCAAUUAAUGGAUGAUAAAGGUACAAUUUUACGAAAUGGCACACAUGAACUUUAUGUUUACAAGUGUGAAGAAAAAUGUAAACUGCAAGAACCUAGAUCAUAUUUAAGUCUUCCUUCUGGUCCUAAAGAUGGAGGUGGCUCUACUCCAGGUAGUGCAGGAAGUUCUGGUCCAGUACCUCCUUCUCCUCCACCAUUUCCAACAAAUAUUAUUGGACAAUGUUUUAUUCGAAGUCCAAGAGAGAAUGUAUAUAUCAAUACUCUUUUAUGUUCUACAAAAUUAACUCAAAAUGGUGACUUGUUGUCAUUAUUAAAAUGGAAAACUCAUCCAGAUAAGAUACAAGAUACAUUAAAUAAAGUUAUGAAACUAAAUGGAGAAGAAAUUGUUAAAUUUCUGCAAGAUAUAUUGGAUGCCCUUUUUUCUAUGUUUUCAACUGGAGAUGGAAAUUCAACUACUCACUCUGGUCUUGUAUUUAAAGUUUUGGUACAUAUUCUGAGUCUGUUGGAAGAUAGCAAAUUUGAACAUUUUAAACCAGUUAUGGAUACUUAUAUUACUGGACAUUUUGCAGCUGCAUUAGUUUAUAAGGGUCUUUUAAGUUGUGUGAUGCAUUGUGCUGAUCUUGUAAAAGAUGCUGACAGACAAGAUGCAAUUCAGAAAUGUUUUCAUUCAUUAGAAUAUAUUUUUAAAUUUAUAAUUCAAUCAAGAUUGUUGUUUGCAAGAGCUACAGGUGAUCAAAAUGAAGAAGCAUUUAGAUGUGAUCUAUCAUCACUUUUUACAUCAUUUGGGAAUAUGCUUGCUAUUAGUCAUGAUCCUGCAGUUUUACCUACUCAGAUAGCUUUAGUUAGCAGUUUUAGUCAUAUCUAUGAACAGUUAUUAAAAGUGCUACCUGUCCAAGAAGUUGCUAAAGUUAUUAAAAUGACCAUUGAUAAAUUAACAGCUGAAUCUCCCAUUGCUUUAAUUCAAGCUAAAUUACAAUGUAUGCUUGAAACUGUGAAGAGUUGUGUAUUUCGUGAUUCAGAUUCAAGAUUAUACCUUAUGGAUGUUUUUAUUUGCCAUCUACAAGUACAUCUUUUACAUCAACAAGAAUUAAGACUUUGUGCAGAUAUUCUUGGAGAAAUGUUAAUAUUCAUGCAUCAUGAAUUGGAACAACUUGAACAGUCACAAGCAGAUCAAGAUCUCAAAGAAACCAAUUAUGGACAUGGUAGCAACUUUAUUAUGUCAUUGGCUGGAUUAAGUAUUAGUCAAGAAGUAGAAAUGCUUGUUCUUGGGCUUUUAGAAGCAUUAAUAUACACAUUAAAAGAAAUUGACAAAACUUCAUUAGUUGCAGGACCUCUUGUGGCUUGUUUGAUAGCUUUGUUACGUCUAACGAGGGUGCAACAUUAUUGUCAGUUAUGGGAAAAAUUUGGAGACAAAAAUUCUAUAAGAGAUCAUCAACAAUUGAGAGACUUUUUGUUCAAUACAUUUUUUGUGUUUCGAGAAUUAGUGAAACAAGAAGUGUUUUCGAAAGAUUGGAUGGUACUUCGAAUGGUGAUGAAUCAUUUACAGCUUUGGAGUAGUUACUUCACAUUAGCAGUAGCUUUCUUAACACAAAAUUCUUUACAAUUAGAAACUUUUUCUGAAAUGAAGAGAGAAAAAAUUAUUCAAAAAUAUGGAGACAUGAGAGUUUUAAUGGGAUUUCAAAUUUUAUCGAUGUGGGGAAAUUUAGGUGAUCGUAAAAUACAUUUCAUUCCUGCAAUGGUUGGUCCAUUUCUCGAAGUUACCCUUGUUCCAGAGACUGAAUUGAGAAAAGCAACACUUCCGAUUUUCUUUGACAUGAUGGAUAGUGAACAAAGAGCUCACGGAAACUUUAAACAGGUUGAAUCUGAAUUAAUUGAUAAACUGGACAUAUUGGUUAGUGAAAAUAAAGGAGAUGAUGAAUAUCGACAAUUAUUUAAUACUAUGGAACAUUUAAGUUCAGUUUUGUUAUCAAAAGUAAAAUCAAAUGAUCCUGUUUGGAAAGAAAAUGGAAUUGCGUUCAUUAAUUCAAUAACUCGUCUUUUAGAAAGGUUGUUAGAUUACAGAAAUGUCAUGGAAGGAGAAGAAAACAGAGAUAAACGUAUGAGUUGCACAGUAAAUCUGCUUAAUUUUUAUAAAAAUGAAAUCAAUCGAAAAGAAAUGUAUAUUCGUUAUAUCUACAAACUAUGUGAACUUCACUUGCCAGCAGAAAACUAUACAGAGGCAGCAUUCACACUUAAAUUGCAUGCAGAUUUGCUGACUUGGUCUAAUAGAACUUUGCCAGCAGAUUCACGAUACUGUCAACAACCUGAAUGGCAACGUAGAGAAUUGUUGUAUCUUAAAAUAAUUGAAUAUUUUGAUAAAGGAAAAUGCUGGGAAGAAGGAAUUCCAUUAUGUAAAGAAUUAGCUGAACUAUAUGAGAAGAAAUUAUUUGAUUAUUCAAAAUUGAGUUUUAUUCUUAAAACGCAAGCAAAAUUUUUUGAUAAUGUUUUAACCCAAAUUAGACCUGAGCCAGAAUAUUUCAGAGUUGGGUAUUAUGGCAUAGGCUUCCCUCUUUUCUUACGAAAUAAAGUAUUUAUUUAUCGUGGAUUGGAAUAUGAAAGAAUUGAAGCAUUCACUCAACGACUACAAACUGAAUUUCCACAAGCUCAAAUCUUGAUGAAGAAUACACCUCCUGAUGAUAGCAUUAUGAAUUCAGAUGGACAAUAUAUUCAAAUUUGUAAUGUAAAGCCUUUGCCAAAAUUACAUCCAGAGUUUGAAGGACAUGACAUUCCUGAUAAAAUUCUUAGCUAUUAUUUAAUUAAUGAUGUGAAAACUUUUCAGUUUGAUAGACCACUGCAUAAAGGUCCAGUUGAUAAAGAAAAUGAAUUUAAGAGUCUUUGGAUUGAAAGAACAACUCUAACAAUAGCAUCGUGUUUACCUGGAAUUCUGAGAUGGUUUGAAGUAAUUGAACGUCACUUGGAAGAAUUAUCACCAAUUGCUCACGCAUGUGAAAGCAUAGAACACAUGAAUCAGGAAUUACGCCGUCUAAUUGGACAAUAUUCAACCGAUCCUCGCAGAUCAAUCAGCCCACUUAGCAUGCGACUCCAAGGAGUUAUAGAAGCUGCUGUAAAUGGUGGAAUAGCAAAAUAUCAAGAAGCUUUUUUUACGCCUUCUUUCUUAUCACAAAAUUCGGAACAAGCAGAUAAAAUAGGUCGUUUAAAAGCAUUAAUUCUUGAAAAGGUUCAAAUACUUGAAGGUGGUUUAUCACUUCAUGGUAGACUUGCUCCACAAGAAGUUCUUCCAUUGCAUAGGAGACUGGUUGAUAGAUUUUCUGUGAUGAAACAAUCAAUUCGAGAUUCUGAUUCUCCUUGUAUCUCUCGAAUUUCAACAAGUCGCAGAGGAGAGCUACCAACACCUCCAAUUUUAGAUUCAGAUAAUCGACGUCCAUCUAUUGUAAACACGCCUCUGCCUCCAAUUCCUGGGGAAGUAAUAUUAAAGAAACCUGUUGAAUCAUGCGGAAGUAAUCGUUCGUCAUCAUCCGGAUCAGGUAUUUAUGGACACUUUUUGCCAGAAAAUUCUGACGAUGAAGAUAUCUAUAGUAGGCCUCAAGAUUAUUCCGAACAUAAGUUUCCAUCCGAAAGACCGUCACCAUUAUCUCAGCCAUUAAUAAAUCAAAACUCUCCUGUGUUAUCACCUACAGUACCUCCACCUUUGCCUACUAGACCACAUUCUGUUGCUUUGGGUCCUUUGCCAGAAUCAAAGCAGCUAAUAGUUGACAAGAGUAUGCAGUCUUCAAAACCUUGGGAUGUAUCACUGGUUCAUAAAGAAAAUUUAGAUGAUGGAACUGGUUAUGCAAAUCCAUUUCCACAACAAUUUAGCAGUAAAAUAGUGAGUCCAAAAAUAAUUAACAAGUGGCCACAUAUUUCGGACAAUUCUCCGGGAAACGUACAGUCUCCAACUGGAAGUUUACAAAUUACUUCCCCGAUAGUGUCGGGAUCAACAAGAAACAGCUGGUCAGAACAAAGCUAUAUGACAGAUGUAGACGGUGCUCCUCCUUUGCCACCAAGAGGUAACGAGAAAAGAAUGGUUACAUCUUGGACUGGAUCAUCAUCUGUGGAGGAACAAAAACCAGCUUUACCCCGAAGAUUAGUUAAAAAGUAUUCCAUUCCAUCCACCACAACCCAAGACAGCCUCAAUGUGCCAACAGGGAAUGAUAUUCGUGACACAUCACCACUUCCGACACCUACGAGUCCUUCACACUCAACCGUUUCUUCUUACAAAGAUGAUUCCGGUUUACCUCCUCCACUACCUUGUAAGAGAUCCACCAUGUUUGUUAGCAAUAGUAAUGGUAGUCAGCAUGUCGAUCUCACAACUCCUAAUAGCAACGCCACGUGGUCGUCUUCUGUCGAAGCAUCCGAAAAUCCAGACUACCAUUAUUCCGGAAAUCUCGAAGUAUCCGACGUUUCACCUUUGCAACAUAAUGCGAACGUGGAUGGAUGAUCAUAAAUUUAACUUAUUGAGUUUCUUAAUAUUUAAUUCUCUCAUUUGAGAGUUUUAUAAUAGGGAAAUCCUUUGGAUAUAUAUCAAAAUAGAAUGGACUUAUUACAUCAUAUAAGAAAAAUUAGCAUGCUCAAAGAAUUUCACAUCAUCCUAAAAUACUUUACAAGUUCAAAAAUCACCAUAGUUAUUUGCUUGGUUGGUUUCUAUCAAUGCCAGUGCAGAAUAUAUCUUCAUAAAAAUUAUUUAUAUGUCACUUUUUAUAUCAGAUGAGAAAUUUAUGAGUCAGUUUGCAUUCCAGUUGGUAAUGACCAAAUAGAGUGCACAAGUUCUAUUAUUUAUUAUAUAUUGUAAAUGAUAUAUAAAUUAUCUUUCUUAUUAUUAUUUAUUCUUGUCCUAUAGAUAUAAUUAUUUGUAAAUCAGAUUAUAUUUGUUUAAUGAAUUAUGGUAGCAGUACUCCAAAAACUGCUACUUGUAGUACAUUAUCAGUUUUUUCAGGAGCUAUACCUUCAUAUAAAUAUUCAGGAAUUUAUGUAAUGUAUUAUAUUUGUAUAUUUAUUAAUCCCACAUUUUAAUAUACAUUUAAAAAAUAAUAAUUAUUAAGUAUGCGAAUGUUUUUCCAAGGUAGAGAUGGGAAACCCGACCGACAGUGCGGAACCACAAAGUCAAUAUUUAAUUCCAUACCUUGAUUAAGGCCUUGCAUAUGGGCUUCCUAAGUCGGGUGCUAAAAAAAAUUCUCCAACUUGGCACAUUUUCUAAAGAGUUUUUAAAAUAAAUCAUAAUAGAAUAAUUUUUAUUAAAUGUAAAUUUUAUAAAUUUUUGUAAUACAAAUAAAUUAUUGUUGAUAAUUUUCCAAGCUAUAGAGAG